UAUAUUUAUUGUACUCGAUUAUUUUGUGCUUUUUUUCAACUUACUAAUCUUAUUCUAUCAAUUUGCAAAAAGAAAUCGUAUAAAAAAUUCGCAAAUUGACUAUCGAAAAUUGUUAAAACUGUUAGGACUUUGAUUUGUUACUAUGUCGUGGUCAAAAGACACAAUUGCGAACAAUCAUCGGAUAUCAGAUCAUUUUGAAUUACCACCGACACCACCGACACCAUCAUCUCUGCAUAUGGAAGGGCAGAACGCGAGAUCAGCAACAGGUUGCGAGACAUCAUGGUAUCACAAGUGCUCUUGGAGCAACCCAACGAAUUCUUGCAAUGAGUACGAUAUUACGACUGAUGAAGCCGCUUGUUUAAUUCCAUCGCCUUACAUCGUGAAUUUUUUUCAAAGCGCCGACAGUAAUCAAAAUUAUCGCACAUGGGAGCAAUAUUCCCAGCAAAAUGCUGCAGAUUGUCAUCCAAUAAUCGAGCAGUUGAAUGGAAAGGAAGAUGAAAAAUCUUUGAGCAAACCUGAAAAUUCAUUAUAUGAGAAUAAUCAAGAUCGUCGUAUAAUAACUUCAUCAAACACGGGGACAAUGUUUCGCGCUUGGGAAAUGCCUCAUUUGCAGAAUACGAUUAUGGAUCGCGAGCACGAGAAUAAGUAUCACUCCUUGCAGCAUUCGCAAUAUAAUGAGAACUACGCGAAUUCAUUCUUGAGAGAAAAUACACGACCACAUCGAGAACGAGAAACGACAAAAAGGACAAGCGACAAGCCGCGGAAAGAAAGAACUGCAUUUACGAAGCAACAGGUCCGACAUCUUGAAUGUGAAUUUGCUCACAGUAAUUAUUUGACACGAUUGCGUCGCUAUGAGAUUGCUGUAGCAUUGGAUUUAACGGAACGUCAGGUAAAAGUGUGGUUUCAAAAUAGACGUAUGAAAUGGAAACGAACGAAAGGAAGUACGACAAAUGUACAAGAAACAACUAUUGUAUCAUAAUUUGAGAUCGUUAUUCAACAUGUAUUUAAAUUUAUAAUUGUACAUAACAACAUAACAAUUUAGGUAUAGAUUUAGGUAUAAAUUGUAAAAGUGAGUGUUUUAGAGAGAAAUUUUAUUUCAACAUAGAGAGAAG